AUGUUAAACAGUUAUAUGCUCAAUGAAAAUAUAACACUUACAAAUGAAUAUACAAAAAGCUUAGAAAAUGGUUCCAAUAAUAUCCCAAUUUUUUUUCUCCAAGACUCAGGUGCUACGGCCAUGCAUUUGGCAGCCUACAAGAAACACCUGGGAACGCUGGAAGCUCUCGUGGCGAGCGGGGCCGACGUGGAUUUAGUCAACGAUUUGGGCAACACGCCCCUUCACGACGCAGUUUCAAACGGGCAGCUUCUCGUGGUGGGCAAACUGGUGGGUCUCGGGGCAUCCGCCAGCAAGAAGAAUAGAAGGGGAGACGCGCAGGCUUUGGAGAAGACGCCGCUGUUAACUCUUCUCGUGAGGUUUCAAGAGUUCUUGUACAACUCCUCUGAUGACUGUGGUCCCACUACAGAAUCAUCAUGGAAAAAUUCACUUAGCUGA